AUGAAGGAUCCUGCGUGGCAGAAGUACAUCGAGAAAGCCAUCGAGGAAACCAACUCUGACACGAAUGUUUGCCAGAACAACAACUGGAAGAUCCAGAAGUUUGUGAUCGCUCCCCGAGAUUUCUCGGUACAAACAGGAGAGUUUACGCCAACAAUGAAGCUGAAACGAUCCGUGACUGAGGAGAUGUGGAAAGAGCUCAUCGAUCCAUUGUACAGCUGA